AAUAGAUUUUUUUUUCAAGUGAUACUCAAAUGACAGAAGAGAUUGAAUUUGGGUAUGCGCUCAAAAGCAAACAAGUCCGUCACUAUGAGAUUAAUGAUCUUGAUAGCGUCAAAAGAGCACUAACUGCAAAUGCGCAAGAGUAUCUUGUAUAUGAAGGUGUAGAAGAGAAAUCUCCAGUAUCAGUUUCUGGUUCCAUUUUCCGAGUUUUUAUUUCCUCCCUUGGUAUCUUCAUAUUCAUAGCCGGUAAAAAAAUUUUGGCGCAAAGGCUUUUAUCCUAUAUAUCCUUUAUAGGAUUCUUUGGUUUGAUACUUGGUAUGAUUGUGAAUAAUUGUAUUCACGAUUCGUAUUCUGUAUUUUUUGUAGGUUCCGGUAAAGUUGGAAGUACGCCAAAUAAAAAAUUUGCCGCUCUAAAUCAUCAUAAACUCCGUUUUCAUUUGUUCAUUUACCCUUAUUCACCCCUAGUCAAAUUUAUUGCUGAAAUUACUGACUCGGGACGCCUCUUUCGCCCUUAUAAAUCAUUAGUUUCAGUCGAAAAAAAUGUAUACUAUGGUAAAUAUUUUGGCUCUAACGGAUAUUUUUACCCACCGGCUCUUACAAGCGAUGUUGAUGAUAUAAUUGAGGAAUUAAUUCAGAAGAUUCCUAAUCAGUAAUAAAAAAAAAUCAAGAAAAUUAUAGGAAUCUUACUUAUUAAAUAUUAAA